AGUUAUUCCGGUUGAGAUUUUUAAACCAAAAGUAGUUUUUCAGAUAAUUUGAAAAACUUUCCAAUUUCUGUUUUAAAACUGAAUUUGUACUUUUAUCAUCUAUUGUUCAUCAACAUUAAAUUUCUAUUAAACUUAAAUUGAAACGGAAGAAAUUAAAACAAUUAAAAAUGAGCAGUAACGAGGAAUUAGAUAAUAACAGUACAAACAUAAUCGAUAUGCCCGAAGCAUUUACAGAGAGUGGAGAAUGUGAUGAUGAGAUUACGCUAGUGUUUGACAACAGCAACAAACUUUAUGCUUCGAAAAACUUUCUACGAUACGCCUCGCCUGUUUUCAAGGCAAUGUUUGAUCAUGACUGCAAGGAGAAGAAAGAAAACAGCGUAUCAUUGCCAGGGAAAAAUUACGACGAUUUCCUCGAAGUUUUGCUUUGUAUUCACCCGAGGAUUUCCAAACCGAUUACAGAAACAAAUGUUCUACGUGUCGUGAACAUUGCUGACGAAUAUCAAGUGACGUCAGUCAUAACAAAAUGCAAAGGAUUAAUGAUGGGAUGGUUACAGGCGUCAUUUGAUCAGGCGAGAGCAAAGAGUUAUCCUUAUUAUCUCUACCAAGCAGUAUAUCUUAGACCCUGUCUUCGUAUAGUAGCAAAAGCACAUGAGUUAACCUAUAAUGAUGUAGUGAAAUUUGCAGUUAAAACUAUAGCGAAGUUUGGACACAUUCUUUAUAAUGAGGGACAAAAAGAAUCACCAAGUCAGUACGUUAUGGAUGAACAUACUCCUUUAGAUAAAACAGGAGAUGAAACUUUUUGUGAUCUAAAAAUCGACUGUAUGAAGAUGUUUCAAAACCUUCCAUACGAAAUUAAAUACAAAAUAGUAGCUGAACGAUUACUUCAUUUAGGUGAUGAAACUGGCAUAAAAAACUAAAUGUGAAUGACAAAAAACACCGAUAUUUGAUACUGACUAGAAUAAUGUCCAGAGCUGACAUUGAUGACGAAUAAAUAAUUCAAGAAUAAACUAAUAAAUGUGCAUGAAUUGUGGCUCAUCAUUUUGAACAGUAAAGUACAUGUUUUUUUCUUAUGUUUGCAUUAUGUUACCAUAAUAUGAAAAAGUGAAGAUUCUUUUGAAACAAGACUUCUUUUAUUAUAAUGUGUAUUUUGCAAUGUUUUAUUAAAGCUUACAAAAGAAAGGCGGUAGGCUAUUGUUUUUAGAAUAAAUUGAAAGCCAUUGUUAGAAUAGACGUCUGUACUUUUGCUGUAGGAAUCGAACAGAUGUGAUUCAACCAUAUAAACAAUAUCGUCAGAAUAAUUUUAGACAUUUAUUUCAAUUGUCACUCACUUGGAUAUAGAAGUAGUUCAAUAUAAAUUUUCAUUUUACCCAUUUAUAAUUACUUUUUAUUUUUGAGUUGUAUCAUCACUUAAACAAUAGAAAACGUUUAGCUAACUAAUCAUUGACAUUAAUAAGUUCAGUACAACCGACGGAACAUAUAACAUGGUUAUCCGACAAAUUUUAGUUUAAAAUACAACUAUUGGAAUUUCAAAAAUGCUAGAAAUUACCAUUCAGCCCGAAUGGUAUUUGAUUUGUGUAUUGAUUAAGAUUUCUUUUUCUUUUUUCUUGACUCUUUCCUGAACAAUACAAUAGAGCUAAUGUUUUUUUUUUUCGUAAGCGAAAUAUUCCGAACACUGCUUAGACCACAAAAGCCUACGCACUAUUUCCGAGCUUUGUACUUGAAGAAUGUAUUUUAAUCUAUAUAUCCUUAAUAUAUGUAACCCGUUUUGUUAUCUGGUAUUUAAUUUUCCAUUCUGAAUGGCUAAGAUGAUUGAUUUUGCACGAAAGUUGUUUUUUUACCUGAUUGCUUUAACAUUUCUUAAUAACUGACCACUUCACUCAAUGCAUUCAAAGCACCACUGUAAUUUUGAAAUAUGUAAUUUAUGAAUUUUCUGUUGUAAAAUAUUUCUCCUUGUUGUUUGUCUUGUAAAUUCAUUUUUUUAAUAUGUUCCUCUUGUGCCUGAAUAAAUAGAAAACCUCAAGGAGCAUCUACUAUCAAUGAACCCUUCCACUACAUUAACUCUGUCGGUUAAACCGAAAAAAUCGUUCUUGAACUGCUCUAUCCAGCUUGUUUCUUGCCCCGAGACCAAUCUUUCUUUUCAACCUCGCUUCACAGCAAAGCAUGGUUGUAACAAGAAUUGCAUGUAUCCGUCAAUCCUAAUGUUGGUGUUUGUGACAAUUCCACUCGAUACUUCCUACACUAAAUGAACUUGAGUAAAAUAUAAAACUUUAUGAAUCGAAGUCAUUAGCAUUUGAAAGAUAAAAUAAUCAAGAUCUCCAUUUACCUCACU